GCAGCGAAGCGUCGGUGUUAAAAUGGACAUUUUGGAAGAGGAUUUGGGAUCAUCGUUUCUUUGUUUGAGAUAACUGAUACCAGAGCUACGCAUACACCUCUGCAGUUACAAAUCGGAAUACAAAAGGAAGAAAUUAAGGAUUUUCUUCACUUACCUGUCGAGUGGAACAAUGGACGGGCGAGUCCUGCUAUUUGUCUCGACGCUCUGUUUCACUGCUGCGGACACGCAGGUCAGUUAUUCCAUUCCUGAGGAAAUGGAAAAGGGGACUUUAAUAGGAAAUAUAGCCCGUGAUUUAGGUUUAAACGUGGAAAGGCUGAAAUCUGGUAAAGCUCGCAUUUACACGGGUAACAGUGAGGAAUUUAUUGAGCUGAAAAGAGAAAGAGGCGUCCUCCUUAUUAAAGAAAGAAUAGACCGAGAGUCGCUGUGCGGACAAAGGAUGCCAUGCGCGCUCCAUUUCCAAAUGAUCCUGGAAAAUCCGAUGGAAUUUUACACCGUCACAGUUGAAAUCACGGACAUAAAUGAUAACUCUCCGAAAUUUCAAAGAAGUGAAAUGAAAUAUGAAAUUACCGAAGCUGCUCUUCCCGGAGCUCGGUUUGUCUUAGAGAAAGCUGUGGAUGAUGACGUUGGUGUGAACGGCUUGAACAGCUACACCUUAAAAUCAAGUGAUAAUUUCGCUCUGAAAACGAUUAACCGGGGAGAUGGAACAAAGCACGUCGAAAUUGUUUUACAGAAACAGCUAGACAGGGAGGAAAAUGAGCAAAUGACGCUGAUAUUAACCGCUGUCGACGGAGGUGCGUCACAGCUCUCAGGAACCAUGCAGAUUCUCAUCACUGUAUUAGACGUCAAUGAUAACCCCCCUGUUUGUUCAAAAUCUGAAUACAAAGCAAAUGUAGUAGAAAAUGCUGCUGUGGGCACUGUGAUAACUACAAUUACAGCAACGGACAGAGAUAAAGGAAGCAACGGAAAGGUGUCAUACUCCAUUCCGAAGUCUGGAGCAGCGGGUCUUUUCGAAAUUGAUGCUGAUCGUGGAUUACUAACGUUAUCUGGAAAUGUAGAUUAUGAAAAAAAUCGAUUUUACGAGUUGGAUGUUCACGUGUCAGAUCAAGGAGGUUUAUCCGACGCAUGUAAAAUAAUUAUAGAAGUGACGGACGUAAACGACAACCCUCCAAUCAUAAACAUUAUGUCAAAAUCAAAUAGUGUGUAUGAGAACGUGCAACCAGGAACACUUGUAACAAUGCUGAAUAUUCAAGAUACAGACUCAAAUAAGAACGGAAAUGUAGCGUGUGUUUUAAAUGAAAAUAUUCCGUUUGGAAUAAAAUCAACAACAAAUACGUUUUUUGCUGUUGUAACUGACAGUGAAUUAGAUCGAGAAAUGGCCGCUGAGUAUAAUAUCACAGUGACCUGCUCUGAUGAGGGAGUGCCCUCCCUCUCCAGCAGCGUCACUCUGACCUUACAGAUCUCAGAUGUGAAUGAUAACGCGCCUGUCUUUGACAAGAGCUCAUAUGAGGCCUACAUUGUAGAAAACAACACACCAGGCCUCUCUAUAUUCAUAGUGAAAGCCACAGACGCCGACUGGAACCAGAACGCGCGUGUUUCUUACAUACUGGAGGACUCCUCUGUUAACGGAGUGUCCGUCUCCUCAUAUGUGUCAGUUAGUGCUGAUAGUGGAGUCAUCCAUGCAGUGCGCUCUUUGGACUAUGAGCAGAUCAAGGACUUCCAGUUCCACGUCAAAGCGCAGGAUGGAGGCUCCCCUCCACUCAGUAGUAACGUGACUGUGAAAAUAGUGAUCCAGGACCAGAACGACAACGCCCCUCAGGUUCUGUACCCGGUCCAGACUGGAGGCUCUGUGGUGGCUGAGAUGGUUCCUCGUUCAGCAGAUGUGGGCUAUCUGGUGACUAAAGUGGUGGCUGUUGAUGUGGACUCUGGACAGAAUGCCUGGCUCUCCUAUAAACUGCAGAAAGCCACAGACAGGGCGCUGUUUGAAGUGGGUUUACAGAAUGGAGAAAUAAGAACUAUCCGCCAAGUCACUGAUAAAGAUGCUGUCAAACAAAGACUGACUGUGUUCGUGGAGGACAACGGGCAGCCCUCUCGUUCAGCUACAGUCAUUGUUAACGUGGCGGUGGCGGACAGCUACCCUGAAGUGCUGUCAGAGUUCACUGACUUUACGCACGACAAGGAGUACAAUGACAACCUGACUUUUUACUUAGUGCUGGCUUUGGCUGUAGUUUCCUUUCUCUUCAUCACGUGUUUAGUGGUUAUUAUAUCAGUGAAAAUCUACAGAUGGAAACAGUCUCACAUCCUGUAUCACUCAAGUCUCCCUGUGAUUCCAUAUUAUCCACCACGUUACUCAGACACUUUGGGGACAGGGACUCUGCCACAUGUGUACAACUACGAGGUGUGCAGGACGACUAACUCCAGAAAGAGUGACUGUAAGUUCGGCACAGCUGAUAUUCAGAACGUGCUGAUAAUGGACCCCAGUUCUACAGGAACCAUGCAGCGGAUACAGAGUGAAAAGACCAUCCUGGAUGAACCAGACUCUCCUCUAGAGGUGAGGUGA